ACGUAAGCAGGAAGUAGGAAAGCUUUCGACGAAAUCCAAAUCAUCGGCAGAAGAUGAGUCGCAUUUAUGACAACACCGCGUUAUUAAACAAACCUGUCCAUAAUGAAAAAUUGUCCUCCACAUGGGAUCCAUUAGUUCACCAGAGUGGUCAUGGUGUCAUUUUAGAGGGGGCGGUCGUCGAUCUGUCACGCCAUGUCAUAACAGAUGUGAACAACAGAAAGGAACGCUAUAAUGUUUUGUACAUCAAACCAAGCAGAAUCCAUCGCAGAAAAUAUGAUUCAAAAGGAAAUGAGAUUGAACCGAACUUCAGUGAUACCAGGAAGGUCAACACGGGAUAUCUGAUGUCAUCCUUCAAAGUGGAAGCUAAGGGUGAAACAGAUUGUCUAAAUGAGCGCCAACUGAGUGAUAUUGUGAAUAAGGACCAGCUGGUUAAAAUAACAGCAAAACACUGUCCUAGUCAGGCCAUUGCGUUUUGGAUCUCAGAAGCAGAGCUUCUCAAAACAGAGCUUGAGCCAGGCCAAGAAGUCCGUCUUAAAACCAAAGGAGACGGGCCCUUUAUUUUUUCCUUCGCCAAACUGGACGGCGGUACAGUGACAAAGUGCAACUUUGCAGGAGAUGAGAACGCUGGAGCAUCGUGGACAGAGAAAAUAAUGGCUAACAAAGCAGGUCAGGAAAGCACAGGGAAGAGUGGCGGUCAGGGUGAAGGAGCAGACGAUGAAGAAUGGGAUGACUGAAUGACACCUUGAGCUUCAUGGAUUGCAUCACAGUGCCUUAUCUGUCCUCCAAAUGUACAUUUAUGCCACAAAACAAGACCUUACAGUCAGUAUUCACGUUAUCACAUGAAAAUAUCAUAAUAAACAGUAAAAGUGCCAUUGUAAAAUAAAGAGUUUUAAGUAUUCUAUGUGUGUAAUAAAGACAUGUCUUUAAAGAGAUAGUACACCCAGAAAUAAAAAUUACCCCACCUCAAGCCAUCAUGGGUGUAUAUGACUUUUUUCUUUAAGACGAAUAUAAUCUGAGUUAUAUUAAAAAACGUUCUGGCUUUUCCAAGCUUAAUAAUGGCAGUGAAUGGGUGUUAAUAUUCAAUAGUCCAACAGAAGUCCAAUAAAGUGCAUCCAUCCAUCAUAAAGUAGCCCACAUAACUCUUGGGGGCCUUGUAAAGCGAAUCGAUGCAUUUUUGUAACAAAAAUGUCCAUAUUUAAAACUUUAUAAACCAUAAUCUCUUGCUUACACUACCUGUCGUAUGUGCGUACAUUAGAGAAUGGCGUUCCAGCGGAUGACGUAGGAUGUAGGCGAACGCGGUGACAAAUGUGUAAGCACAGAGGAGAAAGCAAAACAAAAACAUCAAUUACAAAAUACAAAACAAGGAUUUGUAAAUAAAUGUCGGAUGAUUUCUAUAUAAGCUAAGAGGAGACUGGUUUUCCUUUGCUGUAAACAAAACUUGGUUCUCGCAAGACUAGCAUAUUCUCACCAUCACUUACACUACAUCUAUGUCAUCCGACCAUCAUCUGUGAAGCUGGAGAUUGUGGUUUAUGUUAUGUUUAUGUUUUUUUUUGGCGCCAAUAGCUUUGUGGCCGUUGCGCUAUGAGCGUCCCAAGUUCGAAUCCUACCCCUAUCUCUCUCCCACUUCGCUUCCUGUCAGUUCUCAUCUGUCCUAUCAUAAUAAAGUGAAAAAUGCCAGAAAUAAACCUUUAAAAAAUUCCUUUUUUUAUUCACAAAAUUGCUUCGGCUCGCUGGAGCUGUGUGGAGUACCUUUUUUUUGUUUUUUUUUUAUAAUGGGUGGACGCACUUUAUUGGAUUAUUGGACUAUUGAAUAUGACCACCUAUUCACUGCCAUUAUAAAGCUUGGAAAAGCCAGCAGAUUUUUAAUAUAGUUGAGGUUUUGUUUGUCUCAAAGAAGAAAGUCAUGUACAUCUAGGAUGGCUUGAGGGUGAGUGAAUCAUGAGGUAAUUUUAAUUUGUGGGUGAACCAUCCCUUUAAGAUGAACAUGUACAUUUAAAUAUCUGUUAUACACAAUAAAUAUCCAAUAUACAGUUGAAGUCAAAAGUUUACAUACACCUUUCAGAAUCUGCAAAAUGUUUAUUAUUAAUUAAUUAUGAUUUUGAUCCAUCUUUUCACACUGAGGACAACUGAGGGAGUCAUAUGCAACUAUUACGGAAGGUUCAGAUGCUUACCGAUGCUCUAGAAGGAAAAACUGCAUUAAUUGCAAGUGAAAACUUUUUUUUAUUUGAAGAACAGGGUAAAUAUAUGGACUAUAUGUAAACAUUUGUUGUGUGAAAUAUCUUACUCAGGUCAGUAUUAUAAUAAUAAAAAAUGUAAUAUGUAAACUUUUGACCUCAACUGUUCAAUCUUAUGUAUUGUGCAUCCCUAAUCAUAACAUCACAGAUCUACUGGAAAAUAAAUGCACCAUUGUGUAAAAAGAUUGCACUUUAUUUAAAGAUUUACACAUUUGACUACAAU